AUGAACAAGUUGUUUUCCUUCCUUGCCUUGUUGCUUGUUUCCACUGUAUCUGGAUUCGCCCCAAUCGCCAAACCACCCACCACUUUGAACACCAACACUCAACUCGAAGCCGCACCUACCAUGUCCGCUAUUGACUACGUGGGCUACGCAUCGGGGCAAACUGACAAGUUCCAAGGAACUGGUGUCUUUUCUGGCAUCAAGAUGGAACGUGAACCAGAGAAAAAAGAGGACGACUCCAAGCUGCCUGCUGAAAAGAAGGAGUAUAGCUCUCAAAAGUGA